AUGUCUGAAACAACUUCUCAAAACCCCAGCCUCAGUCGCUCUUUGGAGGUAACCUUUGCCAUUCUGCUUUGCCUCGCUGCGUUACUUGGUAAUGUGCUGGUUAUUUAUGUUAUUACAAAAUACUCCGAGAUGCAAACCAUCACCAACAUUUUCAUUCACAAUCUUGCACUGGCUGAUAUCUUCAUGGCAACCCUUAUUAUGCCGCUCUGGACAGCAAACUUGUACACGGGAACAUGGAAUUUUAGCCAGGAAUGGUGUGAUGUCACUGCAACAAUACAAUUUAUUAUGGGUGCAGCCUCCAUGUUAAAUAUGGGCUUGAUUGCCCUGAACAGAUACAUAAAAGUCGUCAAGCGAGCCUUGUAUAUCAAGUUCUUCCCUAGCAAAAGAGUUGCUUGGUUUUACUGUGGUCUUGUCUGGGUAUUUUCUGCCAUUAUCGCCACACCUCCGUUGUAUGGAUGGGGAAAAUUGAAGUUCGACUCAGAUUCCUUUCUCUGCAACUUCAACUGGAAGGAGGGACAUUUUUCUUACGUCCUAGUAGUCAUGGGAGGUUCCUUUAACGUGUUAACAUCUGUGAUUUUCUUCUGCUAUUGGAAAAUUUACAGAAAAGUGAAAGAAAGCACAGGUAAUGUCAACGCUAAUGCCACACAAAAUGGCGUCGGUGCUCCUACGCUUCGUCAUACCGACAUUAAGGUCCUGAAGAGUUGCUUCACAGUGGUGUGUUUCUUUUCACUUACGUGGGCUCCUCCAUGCGCAGCCGCUUUUUUAACCACUGGUGGAGAUUACUUGCCUACCGAAGUACAUAAGGCAGCUCCGUAUUUUAUUUUCUCCGGUAGUCUGGUAAAUCCAAUCAUCUAUGGGAUUAUGAAUCCACUGUUUAAAGAUGCCUUCAAAAAGGUAUUCAAAUGUGGUUCAUAUGGCAACGAUAAUUCAGAUCAGAGGCAUGCAAGAGUUGUAGCGAUUAUUGUACAUCCUAGGAGCAAUGAAACUCGUUGA